GUCACGGCAAAGUCUGACAACGGAUGGAGGAGUAGUUGGGGGAAGUGACAGGCUGACAGCAGUCUUUUCAUUUUUUUAUAUUUCUUAGUCCUGACCAAGACUCAGAGUCUGUGAACCACCCGUGUCUUGUGCUCUUUUCUCCCAUAUCCAGAUCUAGGCUCAAGCUCUGCAUUGUGCAACCCAGGGAGACCCCGGAAGCUCUGCUUUGCAUAGAUUGUCAUAAGGCAAAGCAGUACAUCUCAGCUCCAGCAAAAAGUUGGCCUUUUUUCUGUAUAUUAUCAGCUACUGAAGAAGGGAACACUCGUAAGCCACAAAUCAUAAUCACAGUACAAGAUCGCUAUUUAUUCUUCACUCAGUGCUUGAAGCCGUGAAGCUGUGAAGCAAUCCAGAAACUCAAAGACCAAAAGAAGCACUCCAGCAACUCGAAAACCAAAAGGCUAAAGGGCUGCAGCUAGCAGUGCACCUGUUUAACCAGGAAUUUUGGCUCAAGAGACACUUUAAAAAAAGAUGGCUGGUGUAGACGUUGCUGUAGUAUCUGGAAUAUUGAAGAUUGUGGGCAACAAGUUAGCUCCACUAAUAAUAAAAAAGUACAGCUCGAUGGUGGGUGUGAAAAAGGAUCUCCAGGAGCUCCAGGAUCUAGUUGAGGAGAUCAACUAUUGGCUGGAAACAAUAGGAGAUAAAGCUAUGGGGAGUGGACCGUCGUUGAAUUGGCUUAAGCAGUUGAAAGAUGUUUCUUAUGAUGUUGAUGAUGUUGUCGAUGAGUUCCAGCUGAAGACUGAGAAACAUGAUGCUUGUGGUGAUGGUAGUAUUGUGUCCAAAUACUUGUGCACAAAACCAAAAUCAUUAAUAUUUCAAUGCAAUGCGGCCAAAAAGAUCGAGGCAAUCAAAAGGAGAUUUGCUGUAAUUGUGAAGCAAAGAACUGACUUCAGUGCAAUAGCAAAUAGCUUACCAGUUGGUCAUCCUUUUAGUGAUAUGAACGAGACUACUGCGAACAUGCCAUCAUUGCCCAUAGUGGAUGUGGCAUCAGUACUCGGUAGAGAACAAGAAAAACGCCAAAUAAUAUCUAAACUGGUAGAGACUAAUGACCAACAAACAAUCAAGAUCGUUUCCGUCAUCGGGCUUGGUGGCUCUGGAAAAACUACCUUGGCUAAACUGAUUUUCAAUGAUGGUAACAUUAUAGAGAAGCAUUUUGAAGUUAGACUAUGGGUUCAUGUGUCCCAAGAACUCGACGAUGCCAAGCUUGUCGAAAAAAUGUUUGAAGCUAUAGCUGGUGAAAAGUCUGAACGUCGUCCCUUGCAGCAUAUGAGCAAAACAAUAUUAGAUAAGUUGAUCGGGAAAAGAUAUCUACUUGUACUGGAUGAUGUAUGGACGGAGGACCGAAUUCAGUGGGAACAAAUCAUGGUACAUCUGAAGAGCGACACACCUGGAAGCAGAAUUUUAAUCACUACUCGCAGUAGAAGAGUUGCAGAGGCAGUGGAAUCUGCUGACCUACACAACUUGCAAUUCUUAUCUGAGAUUGACAGCUGGAAAGUGUUUGAGCAAAGCUUUGGAAUGGCUGCAAAAGGUUUGGACUCCGAAUUCCUAGAGGUUGGAAAAGAUAUUGUGAAAAAAUGUGGUGGGGUGCCGCUAGCAAUUAAAGUUCUUGCAGCUGCUCUCCGUGGCAAAGAACGGAUAGAAGAGUGGCAGGCCAUGAGAGACAACAAUUUAUUAGAUGUUAUGGAUGAAGAACGUAAAGUAUUUGCAUGCUUGAGGUUGAGCUAUCUCUAUUUGCCACCUCAUCUGAAGCAGUGCUUAACAAUAUGUUCACUGUUUCCUAAAGGUUACAUGAUUGAUAAAGAACAAUUGAUUGACCAAUGGAUUGCUCAUGAUAUGAUCACUCCGGUGGCUGGUGUUGAUUACUUGGAGUAUACUGGCCACAAGUACUUUAAUUCUCUUGUGCAGGUGUUUUUUUUACAAGAUGUGAAUGAAUAUGAUGGGAGAGUGAUAUGCAGGAUGCAUGAUUUGGUUCAUGAUCUUGCUCAGUCAAUCACGGACAUUUUUGUGCCAGCGGAGGAAACCAGUUCCGCAAAGAGCUACAGAUACUUUUCUUUAACUGAACAGGCAAGAAAUCUUCCAACCAAAAAUCCUUUUAAAAAAGCACGUGCUAUAUAUUUUGGUAAGGGUGGUGGUAGAAUAUUUGGCAACUCAUUGAAGGAUGCAAGACAUUUGCGCAGUAUCACCAUGGAAUCUUUCUUUGAAGCAGAAGUUCCCCCUACCUUAUUUCAGGUAAAAUAUCUGAAAUAUCUUAAGAUUUCAGAACUGAGAUGUGAAGCACUCCCUGAAGCCAUUUCAGAUAUUUGGAGCCUGCAAGCUCUUCACGUAACAUUUUCUAAUCUUCUCGAAUUGCCUAAAUCCAUUGGUAAGCUGCAGAAGUUAAGAGUUCUGAACCUAUCAUUUUGUUGCGAGCUGAAGUGUUUACCCGAUUCUAUUGGUGAUUGUCAAAUGAUUUCAAACAUUGAUCUUUUCAAUUGCAUGAAGCUUACAGUGUUGCCAAACUCUGUCGGCAAAAAUGAAGAGCUAAGAUUGUUAAGACUAGGUCGGACCAAAAUUGAGAGGCUACCAUCAAGUAUCACAACAAUGAGAAACCUGGAGUGUCUGGACCUUUAUGAGUGUCGUGAGCUGGUAGAGUUGCCUGAAGGCAUCAGCAACUUGGAGAAGCUUCAAGUUUUGAACCUAAAAGGAUGCAAAAAUUUGAGAGGCAUGCCGGUAGGCAUCGGUCAACUCAGUCGACUACAAAAGUUGGGAUUAUUUGUUGUUGGUAAGGGCAAAAAAUUUGCACAAAUCUCAGAGCUUGCAAAUGUAGCUGGGAUCGGCGAGGAACUAACUAUCACAUGUAUUGCACAUAUGAUGGACUCAGAUGAUGCACACAAGGCACACCUGAAACUAAAGACAUACAUUCAGAGGCUGGAGUUAAAUUGGUGGAGAAAUGACCGGGAGGAGGUGAAUACUGAAAUGGAGCAGACUAUAUUUGAUGGUCUGGAACCACCAUCAGCGAUUAAAGAGCUGCACAUUGGUUGGUAUGCAGGUGCGCGAUACGCACGGUGGAUGCUAAAGCAAGUUGGUGAUGGAGUGCAGCGGGUUCCUCAAUUCACAUGUUUAACAACGAUGAUGCUAUCAGGUUUCCCAAACUUGAAGCAUUUGGAGGGCCUUGUGGAGUUGCCUUGUUUGGAGAAGCUUGAACUGCGUUCGAUGCCUGCUCUUGAAAGGAUAAGUGGGGGCCCAUUUCCUUCGCUGGUGAAGUUAGUUACACAGGAUUUGCCUAAUUUGGGAGAGAUGUGGAUGGUAACAGUGAGGACCUUGGGUGACGACGAGGGACAAUUGCAAAUUGGUACUUGCUUAUCUGAUCUCAGUAUUGAGGGAUGUUCCAAAUUGAUGGUGAAGCCGUACUUCCCGUCUUCGCUGGAGCGCUUGUCGUUGAAGAGGAGCAAUGAGCAGCUGAUGGAGUCGCUAGACCAAGACCAAGGGUCCUCUUCUUCCUCCACUUUUCCAACCUAUAUAAGUUUUAGCCACCUGAAGCAGCUUAAGCUAUCAUCAGCACCGCUUGGAUUAGGAUCUAGGUAUGGGUGGAAGUUGUUGCGACACAUGACGGUACUUGAGUCGUUGGGGAUUGACUGCGAAGAUGGCCUAACAGAGUUGCCAGAGAGCAUGCGGAGCCUCACGUCCCUUCGAUCUCUGAGGAUUGAUUUAUGCUCUAAUCUUUACAUGCUGCCCGAGUGGCUAGGGGAACUCCGGUUUCUGCAAAGGAUAAUUAUCUUGCACUGCAAAAGCCUGAGCAGCCUACCCCAGUCAAUGGUUCAACUCCGGUCUCUGCGAGAGAUGAGAAUUGGGGACUGCCGUAGCCUGAGCAGUCUUCCCCAGUCAAUGUGUCACCUCACAUCACUGCAAGAGCUCGAAAUACGCAACUGCGGAGCACUUGACCAGUUGCCAGAAUGGCUGGGUGAGCUCUGCUCUCUACGCGUAUUGGUUAUUAUGGAUUUGCCGGGGCUGAGUUGCCUUCCCCAGUCCAUGUGCCGCCUCACCUCCCUGGAACACCUUCACAUCGUUUACUGCCCUGGCAUCAAAUCCUUGCCGGGGUCGAUAAAAGGCCUCACCGCUUUGCUCAUCUGUGGCUGCCCUGAUCUGUUGAGGCGUUGCGAGAGAGGAAAGGGGGAGGACUGGCACCUCGUCUCCCACAUCCCUCAACUAUUGAUGUGGUAAAUGAGGAUGAGGGAGGGGCUUGACCUGGUGGCGCUUCAUCUCCAAUCCCGCACCGCCGCGCCUCAUCACAUCCUCCCCACCACACUGCUGCGCCCCAUCCCAUCCCCACCACACUCCUGCCAUGGCGCCGCUGUCUAGGAGCAGCUACCCUAUUAUGAUGUUACUCUUCCUCAGCUUCGCAGAUUUAUUACCUGAACAAGUGUCUGAUACUGUGAUGACAAUUAGUUUGUGAUUUUGCAAAGUUCACCAGAUGAAAUUGACUUACAGUGUGUCGAGAAUUUUUCCGGUAUAGUAAAUCAUAAACUGUUCUGUUAUUAGAUAUAAUGACAAUGGAACCAUAUAUGGCAACUCCUAGCUUGCUUGUAUUUCACUAUCUUAUAUUUCAGUUCACCAAUAUGUGGUCUUCUGAAUCUUUUUCUAGGUGCUUGAUAUUAUGAAAUUGUAGUUGUGAAAUAGAUUGUCAUGACAAAAUGCUCAGUUGAAAUUGAUCUGUACAUUUCACAGAAUGAACAUACAUAGAAUGGAAACUAUUUGGCCCAAAUUCGUGGUUUGUAUAUGUAUGUUCACUCUUCAGUUCUGCUCUAGGCAUGUGAAUACACACACGACCUUCUUCUUUUUGCUUCCCCGUGCUCUGGCUGUUGGCAACUUGGCAUGUACAUACCUGAAAUCAAUUCAAGUUCACUCCUUAUAGGUAUGCAGUGGGAUUGAUUAGUGCUGAGGAUGUGACGUGCUAAAUAUUCAUCAAGUGACAUGUCCUGCUCAUGCCGCUGGCGCCAUUGGUGUCAAAGCACGCAUAACGGCAGCGUCAACGGGUGGGCAGGAAAAAAAAUCAAGAUAGAUCAGGAAGAUUUGCCUUGAUUAAUUUUUACUUGGAGAGGUGCACAGCAAGAUGGAUCAUCUACUCGGUGCUAUUUUGCGAACUACAUUGCUUGGUCAAAUCAUAUACAUGAAUUGUCAGGAGCAUCUGUAGUACAGUUGGGACUCAUUCAGUCGUUCACCUACCAG